CCGGUUCAGAGGCUCACUCCGCUCACGCUCAGAGUUCCGCUAUGGACAGCGAGUCACCGGUGAAGCCACGGCGAGGUCGAAAGCGGCGCUUGGAGGCGGAGGCGGAGUCUAAGCGGCCGGACCCGGACCGGGUGGAAGAGGUGCCAGAACGAUCUCCAGAAGCCGCCUCCUCGCUGCAUCGUCCUCGUGGCCGACUGCGGAAGGCCGACGUGCGAGAUCCCCUGGAGACGUUGAAUGACUUCGUAGCUCCCGAGGCACCUGCUCCACGCCGCCGGCUGCGGAAGGCGCUUGCUCCAGAUGAGACUCCCCACCAAACCGGACCUUCGCCAGAGGCGGAUGCAGAGGAUGCCGAUCCACUGGAGCGAUUGAAUGACUUUAUAGCUCCAGAGGUCGUCCACUGCACGCGGCGGCGAUCACUGCGAAUUGCUGGGAAGCAAGCGCGAGCGGCCAACAGCCCAAAUCCAGAGCUCUUUGACGAGGUGCCAGAGGAGCCAAGGUCCGUGUCGGAGAACGAAGAGGAUGACGAAGCAGCAGAGGAGUUUGCCCGCAGCAUCUUGAACAAGACCAGCAAAGCGCCUACGUCAAGGCGUGGUGAUGGAGUGCUUCGGACACGCCGCAAGGCGACCUCCGUGCCACGGCGGAUUAUUUAUGCCGAGGAGGUCCCUUGGCCUGUCCGGAAGAAGAACACUGCAGGAGAAGACAGUGACUCUGAGGUGGAGCGGGCCUGCCGUCAAGAGCGGUGCUUGGCCGAGAUGCGGCGCGCCGUGGAAAAGGGCCGCGUGCACACGCCUUCGAGCCACGACGCAGACCUGCGAUCAGUGCGAGCGGCUGCACUCGCUCCCAGCUUGUCCUUUGAUUGGGCAGAGGCGGACAGCAAGGAAGGCAGCGAAUGUGUCCUGGAGGUCUUACCGCCGGAAAACCGCUGCCCGCGCCAGCUUCUGAAGGAACAGCUGGAAGGACAACGGCGCAAAGAGUUGGCCAAGGGCUUUUCAAUCGACCCACCACCAAGAGGAGCAAGCGGUUCGAUGCCCGGUGAGAGCGUCCCGUCUCACGAAGUCCAGCCAGAGGCGACAGAGGCAGAGCAGGCAGAGCAGGCAGAGGCGACAUGCCAGGCACCAAAGAGGAAACGUUUGCGGCGGCUCUUAGAGGAGGACACGGCUGAAGUUCCAGCUGCCAAUCCAAAUGAGGCUGCCGACGAGACGUCUCUUGCCGGUAGCCAGAAGGAAGAUGAGUCACUGGAACAGGAGGCAGAUGAGGCCAAUCCUCCGGAGGAGGAGGAGGAGGAGGAAGAGGAGGAAGUCCCUUUGGGUUGGAACGAAGAUCUCAAGGCCUGGCGGCGCCAACGCCGCAAAGUCCUGGCGCGGCAGAAGGUCGCGGAACGGCGGCAGCUGCGGCAGAAAGCCUGGGAGGUGGAAGAUUUGGGUCCGGACUUUGCAAAUUCCAUGCUGAGCAAGGAGGACUUUCUACGCUUCAAGCGCCGGUUCUCCACGCCAAGAAUGCAGAGUGAUGGCAGUGGGAAGGCGGCUUCCGCCACACCACUCUGGACACGUGGUGACGAAGAUUUGUCUGAUUUGUUCCAAGUUCGCCGAGAGUCCCGGAAGGUGGGGUUCUUCUUUGGCAAGCGGCGAGGGUAACGUGAGUGGACCGACAUGGAACGCCCCGACUCCAAGACUUGGAUGAGUUCGACCGGCCCCGUCACGACGGAAACUAGAAAUGGUGUGUCAGAAGGUGUUUUUUCAGAAAGGGCCUAUGGCACCAGAAGUGGCCGAAAUCUUCAUGAUGGGCCUCUCAUUCUGAUUGUGUCCUAAACUGAUUCCAUAUGUGAUCAAUUCCUGGUCGUUUGGGAUUUCUUCAAGACCGCACAUGCUGGGGGUCUCAGGGUUCAGGAGGAUAGCAUGCCUUCAACGGCCUUACUUCAUGCGCUGCAUUGCAUCAUAGUCGCCAUCUCAUACCUGAUGUGCCCCGUUCUCUCCAUGCCAUGUCAAUGCAUGGUUCCACUGUGUCAGAGAACCCCCAUGA